AUGGAUUACUCUUCUAUUUCCCAUGAUCCAGAUCUCCCUGCAGAUGCCUCGCCUUGGGGUUCUCCGCGCCCUGACCGCACCACGUUCCCCACCUCCGGCCAUGCCGACAUUCCUCCAUCUCCUUUGGGUCAUGAUCACUCCACGGACGACGUAGAAAACCACGAUGUCGAACCUCAGUCUCCAGAUCUUUCUGCGCAGCUACAGAGUGCACAGCUAGGGGAUCCGGAUUAUGCCGAUGACCACUCUCCGUUUGCUGCACCUAACCCCGACCACCAGCAGUCACAGCUCCCCGCGCGUUAUCAAACCGGGGCACGACAACAUUCUCGGCCACCGGCACCUGCAUAUAAGAUUCAAGCCAAGAUAACUAGCUUGGAGAGGACGGGAAAGAAGGAUAUCAUCCUUCGAUUCGAUGUCCACACCAAUAUCCCAAAGUUCCGUACUACUCAAUACAGAGACGUACGUCGCACUCACUCUGAAUUCUCCAAACUCGCCGACCACCUGAUCUCAGCCAACCCUGAAGCUCUGGUUCCUGCUGUACCGUCUUCGGUGACCCCUGCUGGCGCUGGAACCGACGAGGAUGAAUUUCGGGUGAAGGCAGCAAUGCAACGCUGGCUUAAUUGCAUACUGAGCAACGAUGUUCUUAUUCAAGAUGACGAGGUCGUGCUAUUUGUGGAGAGUGAUUUUGGCUAUAGCCCUGUUAUUCGCAUGAAGCAACCAGCCACCGGCGUGCGUCGCAAGAUGUUGAAGCAGUUCGCGCCCCCUCCCGAUGACACUCCUGAGCUCCAGUCUGCCCGUCCUACCGUAAAAUUGUUUUAUUUGGCCUCAAUGGACACGAGUCACAAGGUGGAUCGUGUCGUCAAGGCCCGACGAGGCCUCGGACUAGCUGAAUCUGAUUUUGGCGUGAAGCUUGGUCAGAUGCACGUUCAGGAAACUCAUUCUGGGUUGAGUACAGCUUACCGUAAACUCGGCAAGGUGAUUCAAACUGUGGGUGAUUUCCACGCUGUUCAGGCUACUGCGGAAGCCACAACGUUGGGAGAGCCAUUGAACUACCACUCUUCGGAUGCUUUCAUCGUGAAAGAAACUUUGACCAACCGACACAUUCUACUGCGCGAGCUUCUUCAGGCUCAACAGAAUGCCCGGAGUAAACGUGGUGCGGCAGACCGAUUGAAAGUCAGCUCAUCUGUCCGCCAGGACAAGGUUGAUGAAGCGCUCAAUGCACUCAGUGAAGCAGAAGCCCAUGAGGAAUUUUUGACUAAACGUACUCAGCGUGUGACUACCAACCUUCUGCAAGAGAAGCGCCGCUGGUUUGACCGAACCACAAGCGACCUUUUGUUCAGCUUACGUGAGUAUACAUUGCGUCAGAUCGAGGCAGAGCGACGCACUUUGGCAACACUAGAGAGUGUUCGACCUGAUAUUCGCUCCAUUGACUCUUCUGGUGGCUUGAGCCGCCUGGGUCGCGAGGCACACCCUGCAGUACGCCGUUCCAACGCCAUGUCAAGCCAGGGUCCCAAGGGUGACGCUUGGAGUGGUGUUCCACGUCGAGGUGAUAACAUGGGUCGCAGUAUGAGCGGUAGUUUCGUUACCCCUGCCCUUAAUGACGAGGAUGAAGAGAACAAUCCUGAGUCUGGUCAGGGCCGCGUGCGAUCCACUAGCCAGGCUAGCUCAAUCGCGGAAGAUGAUGACCGCUUGGAUGCCCGAAAUGCUGCUAGUCGACUGGCCACGAGUACCUUCUAG